UUCUCACGUAUUAUUUCUUCCUCACACAUCUCCAAAAUCCCUAGAAAACAAACCCCUCUCUCAAAUCCCUUCUUUAUCUCUCCGCUCCACUCUCUUUCCACACCCACAUUUUGAAGCUCAGAUCUCAAAGAAGGGAUUUGAGCAUUUUCCUGCAACCAAAAGCAAAAAAAAAACCCCCAUUCUCCACAAUCCCUCAGGUUUUAGAGAAGAAGGAAGGAAGAAAGGUAAAAGAAAGCGAGAUUUUGUGGAAUCAGAUGUCUCACAUAUGAGAUGAAGAGCGAUACCCAUUUCAACAUUCAUCUUUCUUUACAUUUUUUCCUCUUCUUUGGCACUUUUCUUUUGUGCCUUUCUUUCUCUUCUUCUGUUUCUGAAGAGUUUCUUCAAGCUUCCAGCCAUGCCGGCCGUGGCCUUACCGAUGCCGAAGCUCAUUACAUCCGUCAACGUCAACUCCUUUACUACAGAGAUGAAUUUGGUGACCGUGGUGAAGAUGUCGUCGUCGAUCCUAAGCUUGUUUUUGAAAACGACAGAAUCAGAAAUGCUUACAUAGCAUUACAAGCUUGGAAGCAAGCAAUUCUGUCUGACCCUUUGAAUCUUACUCGGAAUUGGGUUGGAUCUGAUGUUUGUCACUACAAAGGGGUUUUCUGUGCUCCGGCGCCGGAUAAUUCAUCGAUCCGUACUGUUGCCGGAAUUGACCUUAACCAUGGCGACAUUGCCGGGUACUUGCCGGAGGAGCUUGGUCUUCUUGUGGAUCUUGCAUUGUUUCAUAUAAACUCAAAUCGGUUCUGUGGGACCGUGCCUCACAAGUUCAAGAACUUGAAGAUGCUGUUCGAGUUGGAUCUGAGUAAUAAUCGCUUUGCCGGAAAAUUCCCUCGGGUGGUUCUUGAGUUGCCAGAGCUGAAGUUUUUGGAUCUGAGAUUCAACGAGUUUGAAGGGACAGUUCCUAAAGAGCUUUUCGAUAAGGAUUUGGACGCCAUUUUCAUCAAUCACAACAGAUUCCGGUUUGACUUGCCGGAAAAUUUCGGUAACUCGCCGGUUUCGGUAAUUGUUCUUGCUAAUAACAAAUUUCAUGGGUGUGUGCCGGGGAGCAUUGGGAAUAUGACGAGGUUGAAUGAGAUUAUUCUGAUGAAUAAUGGGUUUCGAUCGUGUUUGCCGUCGGAGAUUGGGUUUCUGAAGAAUCUGACGGUGUUUGAUGUGAGUCAUAAUGAGUUUUUUGGGAGUUUGCCGGAGACGAUAGGUGGAAUGGUGAGUUUGGAGCAGCUGAAUGUGGCGCAUAAUUUCUUAUCUGGGAAGAUUCCGGAGAGUAUUUGUAAAUUGCCGAAUCUGCAGAACUUUACUUACUCUUAUAAAUUUCUUACGGGAGAGGCGCCGUCGUGCUUGGCGUUGCCGGAUUUUGAUGACCGGAGGAACUGUAUACCGGGACGGCCGGUUCAACGCUCUGAGAAGCAAUGUAAGUCGUUUCUGUCUAAGCCUGUGGAUUUGCAGUUCUUUGGAUGUCCUUCUUAUGUUGCUCCGUCGCCACCUGUGGUGGUGCCUUCGCCGCCACUGUGGUGGUGCCUUCACCGCCACCUGUUGUUGUCCCAUCGCAUGCCACCUGUUUACUCUCCACCGCCACCUGAAUCCGCUCACAUCCAUUUACCGGCCACUCCUCCGCCACCGCCACCGCAUCCCCAUCUCCUCCCCCGCUGUUUAUCUCUCCCUCGUCCACCAUCCCACGCACCACCGUCUCCACCACCCCCACCACCGCAGUUUACUCUCCACCACUCCCCUUUAUCCUCCGCACCACCUCCAACCAAUCUCCUCCUCCCGCCCCCCCACAUCGUCCGCCACCACGGCGACGGUGUAUUGCGUCCGACCAUCACCCCCACUCACACCACCAAAACCCCCACCUCUCCUCCUGUUUCUCUCAACCACAUGUUUACUACUACAAUUCACCGCCACCGACACACCACCAACCACCGCGCAAUGUACUCUCCUCCACCAGCCCAGCUCACGCCUCCUCCGCCACAUUCACCUCCACCACCAAUCUACCUUAUUAUCUCCCCCACCUCUCCACCUCACUCCCCAUCCUCCGUCCCGCCGUGUAUAGAGUAUCAUGAACCACCCCACCCAUCACCCUCACCACCUCCGCCCAUCCAUACCUUCUCCGCCGUUUUCACCCACCCCACCCCCACCCACCCCAGUUUCUCCCACCUUCGCGUUCAUUACUCUCCACCACCUCCACCAUCACCAUCGCCGCCUCCGCCACCUGCAUCCCCACCACCAUCACCUGUAUACGAAGGCCCAUUGCCACCAAUCUAUGGAGUUUCGUACGCCUCUCCUCCACCUCCACCCUUCUAUUGAUUCUUUUGAGAAAUUUUCCUCUAACCUUACCUCAACUCAACCACAGAAGAGGAGAAAUUUACACCAUGCCCUCUUUUAUCUUCUUCAAUGUACUAAAAAAUUUCCCAAUCUCUCCAUUAUUUUUUCUCAUCGCUCUUUGAGGAAGAAUAAUCAAAGACUUUUAAGGAUUAUAUUUAUUUCUGCAAGUUAAAAGCGGCCAUGUCCAUCAUGUUCUUCUCUCUUACAAACCUCGAUUACUUUGUUUAAAGAUUUGGAAAAGCAACAAAAAAAAAAAAAGGCAUUUUAUUAUGCCUACACAGAGAGUGUAAGGUAAGAGGGAAAGUCUCUUCUUAUUUGUUUGAAUUGUUAUGGAUAUUUGAAUUUGUGAAAAUAAAUGGCAGAGAAGAGUAGAAGAAGUGCAGAGAAUGUUUAUGUUUCAGCAAAAAAGCAAAAGCGCAAA